UAAGAUGUCUGAAUCCAUUUAUAAAGUUAGGACUAAGAAAUACCUCAAACCAAUCAUUGAGACCCAAAUAAUUGGGCUUUCCAGAGUCAUUCUUGGUUUACCCAUAGACCAUGUUUUUGAUAGAUUCAAAACUUUAGUACAGGCUGAAAAUACGCAAUCGUCAAUUCGACAAUUAUUCAAGGAAACUUACAGACGAAAUGGAAUGCUAAAAGGUGUAUUUGCUGGAUUCUCAUCCCAAAUCAGCAUUCAACUCUUUAAACAAUAUUAUAGGUAAAUAGUUUAAUUAUAUCUCUAAUUUUAGAUGGCCCAUGAUGAUCUUAAUUCCAAAAUAUUACAAAGAACUCCUACCAUCAUCCUGGAUCCAGAACCAUCCAGCAUUACACAAAGGAUUGGCUGGUGCCACAAUUGCCCUUUUUGAAUCCCUCGUCACCUGUCCUAUGGAACGAAUUAAGUGUCAAUUAAUGACCCAAUACGAAUCCAAAUCAAGUAUCUAACUUUCAUUUAUGUUUUCUAGUCAUCAAACAAUUGUGGAAAAAUGAACAUCAAUUUUCUCAUUUUGUCAAAAAUAUUUAUACUGGAAUGGAAGCCAUGAUAUUAAAAUAAGUAGUUUCUUGGACCAAUUAUUUAUAUUGGGAUCACAAAAUCAGAUACCUCUUCAAGGAUAGUCCAAGUCAAGCUCUCACCUUAUAAUAAAUUGGAAUGUGUAGUUUGUUGACAGCCAUUCCAAACAUUUUGUUUGUUUAACCAUUCGAUGUAGUCAAAACUGCCUAUCAGAUGGAAAACAACGCAAAUUACAAGUCAUUAACCAUCCCCUAAGCCUUUGUCAAAGUGUACUAGGAUAAGGGAUUAAAGGGAUACUAUGCUGGUUGGUAGUUGAGACUCUCACAAUUUAUUGUGCAAGCAGCCUUAUCUACUCCAGUAAUGGAUUAUUUGGAAAGAUUGCAUGGUCUUCCAAAUGAUUUUUGAAAUUAAUAGAAAAAAUACUAUCAACUAAUGAC